AUGGGCUGCGCUUCGUCCGCCGAGGAGCGCGCCGCCAUCGCGCGGAGCAAGCAGAUCGAGAAGAACUUAAAAGAGGAUGGUAUUCAAGCCGCCAAGGACAUUAAGCUGCUGCUCUUAGGUACGCAGCUUUUGCUUACAGUUUGGUAUUGCGCGCGCACACCCCGCGCCCGCGCCGGAGGCGCACGACGCGUGUGGAUCGUAUGCAGAGGGAGCGGUGAGGGCGCGCCCGGCUCGGGAGUCGGGGCGGAAGGUCUGGGCCAAGGGACAGCUGCCGACAUGGGUUGCACUCAGUCGGCGGAGGAGCGGGCCGCGGCCGCACGGAGUAGACAAAUCGAGAGGAACUUAAAGGAGGACGGCAUUCAGGCCUCCAAAGAUAUAAAGCUACUGCUGCUAGGUGCUGGUGAAUCGGGGAAAAGUACGAUAGUUAAACAGAUGAAAAUUAUUCACGAGAGCGGCUUCACAAAUGAGGACUUCAAACAGUAUCGGCCCGUUGUGUACAGCAACACGAUCCAGUCACUGGUGGCCAUAUUGCGCGCGAUGCCCAACCUCGGCAUCACAUAUGGGAACAAGGACCGUGAGAGUGACGGUAAAAUGGUGUUCGACGUGAUCCAACGAAUGGAGGACACGGAGCCAUUCAGCGAGGAGUUGCUGGCCGCGAUGAAGAGGCUGUGGGCAGACUCCGGCGUCCAAGAGUGCUUUGGACGCUCGAAUGAAUAUCAACUCAACGAUUCAGCUAAAUAG